AUGGCUGGCAAAACUGUCAAAGAUUGGAUGGAUGCUCCGCUCCUGGCCGAGGAUCCAGCACUUGAAGAGGAAGCUAUUAUCAACGAUCUCGCCAGCUCACUUGAUCUCCGGUUGCUAUCUCUGGCAGAUAUCCUCACACAAUUAAGGCCAUAUGUGGAUUCUGACCAAGAGAAUCUUGUCACUGUAAGCAGAGGAAUGGCACUUUUAUCCGCGGUGUUGGGCCGUAUGCAAGCUGAAGCAAUACCUAGAACAGAAUUGCAUGCCUUGGUGUUUUACUUCUGCAGUCGUAUCGAGAAUAAUGAAAAUAUAUCCAAUUACGGCUAUGCCAUGGACGCAGUUGCGAACGCACUCCAGGUUAUCGUUAAAUGGAAGCGCUUCUCCCCAGGCGACGUCUCUCCAAUUGUGGACGCGGUAUUCUCGCUCGCCCAAGGCAAGACGAACCGUUUUGCCGACCAAAAGCCCAACACGAGAUUGAGCUACUAUACGCUCAUUUCUUACUUGGCUACUAAUCAGAGCCACAAACGCGCCCUGGAGCGGGACAUGGGACCUUCGAAAUUCGUUUCGGGCAUCGUGGAAUUAGCGGAGUCUGAAAAGUCCGCAUCCUCGCUGAAGGCACUGUUUACUUUAUACGCCUCUGUGAGCGAGACCUGGAGUUUAGGCGCUACGGAGUACUCAAAUAUUUGGGGAUCGUUUAUACGAUAUUUCCCCAUCACAUUGGGUGCACAGGCUCGGAACUCUGACCUGCCUCAGCCUGAAGAGCUCAGGAAGUUAUUGCUGAAAUGCAUAAUUUCCAAUGACGCUUAUGCAAAGGAGGCUUUCACGUCAUUUCUAAGAGAUCUCGACACGGAUCAAGCAGCAACUAAGAAGGCUAGUAAGGAGCUCCUGACAACUAUCUACACCUGCGUAACCUCAUACUCUGCCCCUACUGUCCUUGAGUGGGCUCCCAAGAUCUGGGACGCUCUUAAAUUCGAAGUGUGGAACGGAGAGAAUGAUGAAUUCAUUGACGAUUCAUUGAAGAUUAUUAAUGGCCUAGUGACAAACUUGAGCAGCUCCCCGAGGGGCUCGACCGAGGAAAACGGCUUCUCGAAGUUUAUGGUUGAGCUUGCAAAGGAGAUUUUCGACAGACUAAGCGACAUGAAACAGUAUGUGGUGGCUAGUGCGAGAAUUCUAUAUGCUGUCGGGUCAGCGUCUGCGUAUGCUCUGCAGACCACUGUUGAGACUAUUCUCCCACGCCUUGAUGUUAUGGCACAAGAUCUGAGCUCAAAAAUUCCAAAGGCAUCACUUAUGGUGGUUUUUAAUCACAUUAUGCAAGCCCGGCUCGAUCUUGCUAACAACGCAGCCACCUCCCUGUCGAAGUGUGAUGACGAGGGCUCAAUUCAAGCUCAGCAGAAACUCGAGGAAGAUCUGACAGCAUCCUUUUCCCAUUUUCGACAGUCGCUUGUGGAUAUCUAUUUUGGCGCCAUAUCAGAGCUAAAUGUGGGACUAGACACAGAUGUUUCACUGGCUAGCGCUGCAAUACAGGGCGUCUCUAUCCUUGCAAAGAUUCCUGACUUCUUGUCAGCUUCUGAGAAGGGUAUGGUACUAGAUACUUUCAAUGGUGUUGUUGCACAAAGGACCAAAACCGAUGAACUCUAUGGGCCUACUCUGGCCGCAAUUGGAGAGAUUUCGAGGAUUGACCCUGAGAGAUUUAGGGAUACUACUCUUCCACAAUUUAUGAGACAGCUCCCAAGCAUGCUCUCUGUUGAGGAUUCCAAGAGAGCAGAGGAAGUAGAGCGUGUGGUUAGCCGGCUUGAAGAAAUAGUUCAGGUAUCCUGUAGCUCCACAUCUACACGUGGGGUUCAGGGAGGAGAGUCCACUGAUAACACUAGUUGUUCUCAACAAAAUCAUGAUGAGAUGCAAAAAGCAUUAUCUGCCAAGCUCAACUCUGUUCUUGAGCACAAGGGUCAGUUAGAAUACGCCAACGCUCUCUUGGCAGCAUCUUUUCGGGGCCUUGAGGUUUUCGACAAGUCCUACCGCCAAACAUUCCCUUCAAAUUCCCCUAAUGCAAAAGCCACUUCCUAUUCUCACAAUCUUCUACCCCUGAUUAGCCGUGUGGUCAAACUCAAAGAGUAUGCUAGCGAGCCGCAGUCUAUCGGAACCCGGCAUUACGUUGGUUUACAAAGCUUAGGUGACGACACCGAGAGCUUCAAUGAUAGGUCUAUUGAACUUUUGGGGAAAAUGAUAACCUUGUCCAUGGUUUCUUCAUCAUUACAGAAGGUGGACAACAUUCUCACCACAUACGACAGCUCGAGACCUACUACUGAGGUUCCGGGACUCGUCAGCUUGUUUUGCCCGGGCGCGACUGAGCAGAGCCUUUCUAUCUCACAAUUUGAUCUAAGCGGAGGGCCACCUGACAAGUGUCUUGCGACCUUUUUGACCGUCUCUUUGCUAGCUGGUAUGGACCGUACCAACCAAGCGCGGGCGAAAUCGGAUAUUGAAAUUGGUGAUGUCGCCGCCGCCAUGCUACGAAAUGCCACAAAUCCUCAUAUCAAAUGCUCUCAGCUUUCCAGGAUGUCGAUGUUAUGGUUCAUCCAGCUGUUGGUUAACAAGUUUGGCGCCAGCAAGGAACAACCUUCGACUGAGCAAUGCACAGUUCUCCAAAUGAUGCUGAACUUGGUUUCCAACUGUACUGGCAAGUCGGACCAAGAAAUUGGCCUGAUAUAUAGAACCUUGGCCUAUUUUACAGCUGCAAGCUUGGCUGCCUACUCUGAAUCGGUUACAAGUUUGCUUGACUGCAUGAUUACUGGCAUUACGGAUCCUGUACAUGGCAGAAAAGUUGCGCAGAGUUUCAGGAUCCUCUUAGCCCCUUCGGAUAUCCUCAACAAGAAUAAUUUCUGUGUAAUCCGGCCACUCCGGAAGGGACGCUUGUUCGAUAUCGGGGUCAAGCGCAUUAUCGAGGUGUGGCGUUCGCAAACCAAUAAGGCUAUCAAGGACAAUUGCCUCAUUGCACUUGCCGGUAUCUUAGCUUAUAUGGAGCCUACAAUGUUGAAGGACCAUGUGGAUCUUAUAUUUCCCUCCGUCCUCGAAGGCACAAAUACCCAGAACGAUGAGUGGUCUAAGGCUACUUUCAUUCAUGCUAUCCACACACUGGUCCCUCUGUGUCCGGCAGUCAUUGAAGCUCAUUUAGACAGUGUCAUCAACAGAAUGACUGGUCGCACUCACAACACACCCGAUUCACCUUCAGACAGCUCCCCUCGUUGUCGUGUAACGGCCUUGGAAGUCUUGACGCUUCUCGCAGAGUAUAUCAGGCCCACUCUUCUUGAGCAACGCAAAUUUAAGCUCAUGAGUGAGCUCAACUUUGCUCUUGGUGAUUCCUCAAGAGAAGUCCGACACAAGGCGGAGGUAUGCAAAAUGGCUUGGUUUAACUUAUCUUGA